AUGUUAACUUUGAAAGCCGAAAUUGAAGAAAUAAAGUCUACGUAUGCUACCCAAGAUAGCGUUGACAAACUUAAGUCGUCAAUUCUUCGCUUACAAAACGACCCACUGCCGCCACCGGCGUCGGCGUUUAAAAUCAAUAGUAAAACAGGUGCUUUUCUAGACAGUGGCCCUAUGGGUCUUUCACAUGAUUAUACAGUAAACAACAUAAAUGAUACUACGGGUUUAAUAUCUCCCAUGUCAGAGCUUAGAGAUGUGAGGGUAACGCAAGAUAAACAAACGGGCGUCAGCUGUAAUGCGGGGCCUGAGUGCUCGCCGUCGCUGCCGCAGCUGUGUCGGAAGGCAAGCGCGAGUGUUACGGUGACGUCAGACUUACCGAGCUCUGCUACUGAGGUUGUGAACCAGCUGACCGCUACUGAUAAGGCAGGUUUUGUGUGCGUAAAAGGACAUAGUCAAUCAGAGCAGCCGAUCAUCGUGCGUGAAACUCUGACAAAUGAAAAUAAUAAAAAGGAAGGAUGGCAGACAGUAACGUAUCACAAAAAACCAAGAAAUUAUAGUUAUGUCGGCAAGCUGGUGUAG